AUGGCCACCCCCAGUGUCCUGUCGUUUGACGCUGAGGGUCGCGCCAUUGACUUUCCAGUCUGGAUUGAGGACCUGCAGCUGUACUUACUGUGCGAUGCGAUCGAUGAGGUUUCUCUCUUUGACUUUGUCUCUGGAGCUGUCCCUACCCCUCCUGCUGAUGCUGACCCUGCAGUUCGCUCCAAGUGGGCCACACGCGAUGCUGCUGCACGUCUUGCUGUGCGUCGCCACCUCCCUUCCUCCGAGCGUGCCCACUUUAGUCAGUGCAAGACCGCUCAGGCCUUGUACGACGCUGUAGUUGCACGCUACUCCUCCCCUUCCUCCGCUACGCUGAGCCGCCUCAUGCUACCGUUUCUCUUCCCUGACCUCGCUGCCUUUCCCACUGUCGCUGACCUCGUUACCCACCUCCGCGCUAGUGACGCUCGCUACCGCGCUGCCCUUCCUGCUGAGUUCCGCGCCGCAAACCCUCCUCCCAUGUACAUCACUCUCUACUUUCUCGUCACCCGUCUCCCUGAGUCCCUUCGUGUCGUUAGGGACCAGUUUCUCUCUGUCUGUCCCACCACCCUCACUGUCGACCUCCUUGAGGAGUCCCUGCUAGCGGCUGAGAAGAGCAUCGUCGCUGUAGGGGCCUCUCGGGGUGACCCUCGCACCCCCAUCUUUGAGGGGUGUUCUCCUUCCCCCCUGCUGCCCUCUGUCGCCUCUGCCGCUGCGGCCGACCUCGCUGGUUUUGAGUCGGUCGGUGCGGCGUCUGCCCCCAGCGGUAGACGCCGCUCUGGCAAGGGCAAGGGGGGCAAGGGAGCGGGUGGAGCUAGAGGGGGCAGUGGCGGAGAAGGUGGGGGUGGCGGAGGGAGUGGGGGUGGCGGUGGAGGUGGUGGCGGGAGUGGAGGUACUGGUGGAGGCGGUGGAGGCGGAGGUGGCGGCGGAGGCGGUGGCGGAGGAGGCGGGGGCGAGGGUACCGGUGGGGGCAGUGGCGAUGGAGACGGGGGUGGCGGUGGAGGCGGGGGUGGCGGUGGCGGCGGGGGUCGGAGUGGCUCGUCCCAGCGGAGCAGCUCUGGGGGUGGCCAGCGCCAGCAGCAGCAGCAGCAGCGCUCUCGCACCGUCCCCGCCCCUCAGCAGCUCCGUGAGUGGUACUUGCAGCGUCAGCGUGGUGGUGCGUUUGGUCCCUGCCCCUACGUUCUUCGCACCGGUGACCGUGCGGGGGAGAGGUGUGGAGGCACCCACACAGCCCGCCGCUGCUUUGGCCGCCUGACCGACGCCUGGCGUCAGCAGUUUCCGGAGGCCGCAAGGAUCCCCCGCUGGGGGGAGCUGUCUAGGGCUGGUGUAGCCGUUUAUGAUCUUGACUUUGAUGCUAUUCUUUCUGCUAUGUAUGUUGUGACUGGUAGUGAUGAGGAUGACUGUUACCGGUGUUUCCCGCCCGACCCGGGCAUUGGUACUUCUGUGUCAGGUGCUAGUGAGGCUGCUGCUCUAGGUGCCAGUGCGUCUGUGCUCUCAGGUACUGCGUCUCGCUCCUUCUUUCGGGACCGCACCACUCUCACGCCGCUUAGUCGGCCGGUUGCGGUGUCCCUGGCGGACCCCUCUGGGGGGCCUGUCCUGUCUCGCUUCUCCACGGUCCUUCCGUGUCCGGCGGCCCCCUCUGGCACCCUGUCUGGUCUCUACCUCCCCUCGUUCUCGACGAACCUGGUGAGUGGUGCUGACCUACAGAAUGCGGGUGUCCACCAGUUCACUCCUGCUCGUCAGCGCGUGACCCACUGCACGGAGGCUAGCACGGGACGCCACCUGGCUACGUUUACUCGUCAGCCAGGGUCGAGCCUGUACACACUGACCACUGCUUCUCCUCCAGGUGCUGAGUCUGGUAGGGUCCCUUCGUCUGGUCAGGUGUUUGCCGCAGCGUCCAGGUCUGGUCCUGAGUCUGCCCCCUGUUCGUGUCGUCGUCUGUCUCACGAGACCCUCCUCUGGCACCACCGCCUUGGUCACCCCUCUCUGCCUCGGCUCAGAGGCAUGGCCUCCCGUCUUCUUGUGUCUGGUCUCCCCCGGUCUCUACCUCCCCUUCCUCAGGGCCCUGGCCCUGCCUGUGUCCCCUGUGUCGAGGGGCGCCAGUGUGCUGCCCCUCACUCCUCCCAGUUUCCUCCGACAGAGGCCCCGUUGCAGACGCUUCACAUGGACGUGUGGGGCCCAGCCCGCGUCCGUGGACAGGGUCAGGAGCGCUACUUCCUGCUCGUUGUUGACGACUACUCGCGUUACACCACAGUCUUCCCCUUGCGCAGCAAGGGUGAGGUCACUGAGGUGCUGAUCGACUGGAUCCGCGCAGCUCGUCUUCAGCUCAGGCAGAGCUUUGGCUCCGACUUUCCUGUGUUGCGUCUGCACUCGGACAGAGGCGGAGAGUUCUCCUCUGGCCUUCUGCGUGCCUACUGUCGUGCGCGAGGCAUCCGCCAGUCCUUCACGCUUCCGGACUCCCCGCAGCAAAAUGGGAUUGCUGAGCGCCGCAUUGGCAUGGUCAUGGACGUCGCCCGUACGUCCAUGAUGCAUGCGGCUGCCCCCCAUUUUCUGUGGCCGUUUGCGGUCAGGUACGCAGCGCAUCAGAUCAACCUCCACCCCAGGGUCUCCAGGCCGGAGACCUCCCCAGCCCUGCUGUGGACGGGGAAGGUUGGCGAUGCGUCGGCGUUCCGGGUCUGGGGAUCUCGGGCGUUUGUCCGCGACUUGUCUGCGGACAAGCUGUCCCCUCGCGCUGCUCCCUGCGUCUUCCUGGGGUUUCCCCCCGACGCCCCUGGGUGGCAGUUCUACCACCCCACCUCUCGACGUGUUCUGUCCUCCCAGGACGUCACGUUCGACGAGUCGGUACCCUACUACCGCCUCUUCCCCUACCGCACUCCGUCCCUCCCCCCACCCCCGCUCUUCUUGGUACCAGGUCCCCCCCCGGUAGACCCCCUCCCCCCUCAGGGUCCUGCCCCUUCAGGUGUGUCCCAGGUAGACACGGUCGAGCCUGUCGAGGUCACUGGUGACUCUGGUGCUGCUGCGGGAGCUGAGCCUGGGGGUGCGGAGUCUGGGGGUGCUGAGCCUGGGGGUGUUGAGCCUGGAGGUGCCGAGCCUGGGGGUGCUGAGCCUGGGGGUGCUGAGCCUGGGGGUGCUGAGCCUGGGGGUGCUGAGCCUGGGGGUGCUGAGCCUGGGGGUGCUGAGCCUGGGGGUGCUGAGCCUGGGGGUGCUGUGCUUGGGGGUGCUUCGUCUCGCCGGGAGCCACUCUCCCCACAGGAGCUGCGUGAGUGGUUUGCCAGGCGCUGGAGGCGUGCUGCUGGUGCUGGUGGUUCUUCGGCUGCAGAGGGUACUGCUGCCGCGCGUCCCGGCGGUGCUCGUACUGUGGGUGCUGGAGCUGCUGGGUCUGAGGGUUCUCCUAGAGCUGGUGCUGCUGAGGGUGUUGGCGCUGUGCCUGCCGCUGGCGGUCCGACUGACAGUGCUCCCGGUGCUGCUGCUGGAGGUUCUGGUGCUGCUGGAGGUGCUACUGUAGUGGGUGCUCCUGUUGGGGGUACUGGUGCUGUUCCUGCUGUUUCUGGCGUCGCCGCGCGGCCCCGACCGUACUUCGUUCCGCUCCUGCAGCAGGUUCUUGGUCUUACACCUCCUCCUCCCUUAGAGGGUCCGCAGCCUGUCCGAUCACAGCCACAGCUACAGCCUGCCUCCCCUUUGCCUGCUCCUUCUCCCUACGCUGGUCCGACUGGAGGUCUUACUGAGCGUCGUGAGCCUGCGUCUCGUCCUGCGUCGCCUGUUCGUACUAAGCGCGCUAGUGGUCGCGGGUCGCGUCAGCGUCCUCCUCCUGUCCCUGGCACGCACCGGAUGUCACUGCGUCCGUCCACUGCUCCUCUGCGUGCCCCUUUGCCUUCUCCUCCUGCUUCCUCGCUUCCUGCUCUUGCCGACCCGGAGUCGGACUCUCUUCGUGCUGCCAGUCCUACUGUCACGCGUCUCCUUGCUACUGCUGUCACUGACCCUUCCUUCGAGUCGUCUGCUGCGUCUGCCCUUGUCACUGAGCUUGUCGACUUUGCUGCACGCUGUCGUCUGGACUACGCUGCCAGUCUUGUCGCUGAGUCUGAGUCUGCCUGUCCUCCGUCCGUCGGGGGUGAGUGUGCCCUCGGCACGGACGUCCUUGAGGACAGGCAGGAGGAGUUCCAGUGUCUGGCUGCCGCUUCACCUCAUCUCGCGUCUGUACUGCUAGCCCCUGAGGGAGACCCGGAUGCACAAGACAUCCCGACUCCGCGCUCUUACGCGGAGGCGAUAGAGGGUCCCUACUCCUCUCAGUGGCAGGCAGCUAUGGAUGCAGAGAUGGCUUCCUAG